AAUAAUAUAAUUUGUAGUAGUCGUACAAUUAAGUGGUCAGCGAUGCUAUAGAAAUAAGAUUUGUUGGACUCUCCUUCACAUGGUAGAGAUAGAUAGAUAGAUAAGUCGAAGAUGAUGCGUUGCGGAGAACAUCUAUGGAUCCUCUGCGCUCUGUUCAUCUCCCUAUUCCCACACCUCUCAACCUCCUCAUGGGAGUCCAUGAUAUACGUAGGCUGCACUCAGGCCAAGUACAACCCGGGCAGCCCCUACGAGUCCAGCCUCAACUCAGUGCUCGCCUCGCUCGUCAACUCCGCCUCCCUCUCCAACUACAACACCUUCAACAUCCCCACCGACGACAACAGCGACGCCGUGUCGGGCCUCUUCCAGUGCCGCGGCGACCUCAGCACCUCCGACUGCCACAGCUGCGUGGCGAACGCGGUCUCGAGGAUAGGCGGCUACUGUAUGGGGACGUGCGGCGGCGCGCUGCAGCUGGACGGCUGCUUCAUCAAGUACGACAACGCGUCGUUCGUGGGGCAGCUCGACAAGACUGAGGUGUCGCAUAAGUGCGGGCCGCCUAGUGGCGCAGGGAACGAGAGGGAUGCGGUGCUGGCGUAUCUGGGAGGCGGCGGGGGGCAGUAUUUUCGGGUGGGGGGGUCGGGGAGGGUGCAGGGUGUGGUGCAGUGUGAGCAGGAUUUGAGCAGCGGGCAGUGCGAUGAGUGCUUGUCCGAGGCCAUCCAACGGCUGAGGACGGAGUGCGCGACGUCUCCUUGGGGUGACGUGUUCUUGGCUAAGUGUUACGCUCGCUACUCUGUUUCUCAGACUCAGGCGACCACCGGCUAUGCGAGGCCUAGUUCCGAAAGCGGGCGUGAUGAUAAUGAUGAGACGGAGAAAACACUUGCUCUCUUUAUAGGACUAAUAGCCGGAGUUACAAUGCUCAUUGUUUUCGUCUCAUUCUUGGGUAAAAGUUUACAGAGAAAAGAUGGUAUGUAAAUGAAGGCCACUUGGAGUGAAAAGUGUUACCUGAUCUGGUAUAAGUCUAUUUGCCUUGAUCUGGUGGUUGCUUUUCUUUCUUUUUAUUAUUUUCUUUUGUUUGCUUUAACUUUGUGCAGUUUGAACCAAAAGAAAAGCUAAUAGUAUAUGAAGUUGAUGUACAUGCAUACCCAAUUAGUGCAAUAAAGCAAAAGUAAAGAGAAAGAUUCCCACGCUCCAUACCACUUUUCCUUGUUGCAGAUUUGCGUUUUGCCUCUAUCUCUAUGUAAGUUAAAAAGGCACUCUUACUUGUGUAUACUAUACUAUUCAAAUUGUAAUAAAGCCUACCCACAUUGGUGUGCA